AGUCUUGAUCAAAUGGACAGGUAUCCAGAAAUGAGGAGACAUAAUCUCGUUAUAGAUUAUGUUCCUAUCCAUACGAUCCGUCUACUCGAUCCGAUCUUUGUCAAAAAGACGGAUCUGGAUCGAGCGGAAAAGGUGAUGAACUUAUACCCAAUUGAACAAUUCUGGUCGGUUGUAAAGAACAAGGUCAAACGUAGUCAGUUCGCGGAUAAGCAAGACCUAAGGACACGGAUUAAUGAAGCUUGCAAUGCUGUACCUAUUCGUCAUCUGAAGGCACAUAUUUAG